AUGAGGGUUUUGUCCAAUAAAAAAUCUAUUACCACCAAACCUGCUUGAAAUAUAAGCUUUACAUGCUUAACCCUCUUUUGUUAAAUGCUAAUAUGCAGAUUAGGUGAUCGUUUCCUAUGUUUAUGCGCCUGAAUGGUCCAAACUUAGUACUCCCCCUUCAAUAUCUCACCAUUAAUUUCCCCACCCCAUAAAAAUGUAAUCUUUUACCCUUCAAGAAACUUGCUGAAUACCAACAAUAUGACCAAAUAAUCAUCCAUUUUCCAACCAAUCCAAUAACCUUCUAAUGCAAGUUUCAUAAACUCAAGCAAUGAGGAAUCACAUGACAAGAACCAUUAGGCUAAAUGGUAGCCAGAGGUCCGACCAAAAAAAAGACUCUUGUGGACAAUGUGGAUUCUUAGUUGGAGAAUAAAGAGGAAGAAGAGGAUGUUGACAAGAGCUUCAAGAAAUGCAUAUUCAUGGUGGUGGGCUAGCCACAUCAGGACCAAGCAAUCAAAAUGGCUGGACCAGAAUCUCCAAGAUAUGGAGGAAAAGGUAGAAUACAUAAUGACAAUCAUCACAGAAGAUGGAGACUCGUUUAGGGUUAGGGCUGAACAAUACUAUCAGAAAAGGCCCGAGAUCGUAAACUUCGUAGAAGAUACUUUUCGGGAAUAUCGAGCAUUAGCAGAAAGAUACGAUCAUUUAUCGAAAGAUCUACAAAGCGCGAAUCGAACCAUCGCCGUUAUCUUCCCCGAAAGGGUACAGAUGUCAAUUGAAGAAGAAGACGACGAAGAUUUCGCGUUUAGUGUAGAGGAACAUGAAAAGCACCCUACAGGUGCGCCAUUGCCGUUGCCAACGCCGAUGCUAGAAGCACCGAAACUAAACCAUCUUCCAAAAAUGGAGAACGCAGUUCAAGCAGUGCUCAAGAAAAAGAAAAUGCCAAGAAAAAUGAUGUCAAAAAAAGGACUUAUCAAAAAUCGGGGUCGACGAAAAAGCUCCCGUAAAAAGCUCCGGAUUGAGUAA